AUGUACGCUAAGCUGCAAGAGCCGAUUGCUAUUAUUGGAAGCGGGUGCCACCUUGCUGGCGAUGUCAACUCAACUUCCCAGUUAUGGGAACUUCUUCGCGAGCCCCGAGACGUACGCUCUGUCAUAUCAGACGAUCGUUUCAACCCUGAUGGAUGGUAUCACCCCGACGGGUCUUAUCACGGACACUGCAACGUCAAACAGGCGUACUUGAUCUCGCGGAACCUGAGGCAGUUUGAUACCGAGUUUUUCAACAUCAAGCCUUUAGAAGCCCGAAGCCUAGACCCUCAACAGAUGCUCCUACUGGAAACUGUGUACGAGGCUGUCGAGGCAGCUGGUCUUAGCCUUGACAGCCUCAAUGGCAGCGAUACAGGCGUAUAUGCUGGCGUUAUGUUUAGGGAUAUCGAAGCCAGCCUUCUGAGGGACACCCAAAGUAUUCCAACAUAUAUGGCAACUGGAUCUAGCAACAGUAUGAUAUCCAACCGAGUUUCUUACUAUUUCGGCUGGCAAGGACCAUCAAUCACAGUGGAUACAGCAUGCUCAUCUAGUCUAGUCGCGGUACAUUUGGCUGUUCAAGCUUUGAGAGCUGGCGACUGUCAGAUGGCCGUGGCUUGUGGUGCCAAUCUUCUCCUUGGACCUGAGAACUACGUCACUAUGAGCAAGUUAAAAAUGCUGUCACCAGAUUCUUUAAGCAAGAUGUGGGACCGAGAUGCUAACGGCUACGCACGUGGAGAUGGAGUUUCGGCAGUUGUCCUGAAAACCCUCACCAAAGCUCUUGCAGACGGUGACAAUAUUGAAUGCAUCAUCAGGGAGACCGGAGUGAACCAAGAUGGUGCUACGUCAGACGGCCUUACUCUACCUAGUUCAUCUGCCCAGAAAGCGUUGAUCCGUAGCGUCUACAGCAAGGCCGGUCUUAAUCCCCUGAAGCAUGAAGAUCAGCCGCAAUACUUCGAGGCCCAUGGUACUGGUACGCCAGCCGGGGACCCAAUCGAAGCAGCUGGAAUGUAUGGAGCCUUCUUCGAGGAUUGCAAUGACAGAAUACCAAGCCAGGAUCCUAUGUAUGUCGGCUCGUUGAAGACUGUACUGGGCCACACCGAAGGCUCAGCUGGCAUUGCUAGUAUACUUAAAGCAUCCCUAGCCCUACGCCAUACUUGCAUCCCCCCUAAUCUUCACUUCAAUAACCUCAGCAAAUCCGUGGCACCGUACUACAACAAAUUUGAGAUCAGCAAGAUUUUGAAGCCGUGGCCUCAGAUCUAUAAAGACAGCCCUAGGCGUGCUAGUGUGAACAGCUUCGGUAUCGGAGGGACCAACGCCCAUGCUAUUCUUGAGAGCUACGAUGAUGUUUUAGAUACCUCGUCGUCAGCAUUCAGAGAUGAUACCCUCUUCACUCCAUUUGUCUUUUCUGCAGGCUCUGGGCAGUCGCUGAGGAAGAUCCUAUCCGCAUAUUCAGCGUUCUUGGACACGCAUUCAACACUGAGCAGUCGAAACUUUGCUUGGACUCUAAGGAAGCGUCGAUCCGUUCUUCAGUAUCGGGUUGCGUUUACGGCAGAGUCGAUUAAACACCUGAAAUCUAAGAUAUCUGAGAGACUUAGCCAGCCAGACCCUGAUAUAGGUGUCAGGGUACCAUCUUCUGGAGAAAAGAAGGCCAGUAUUCUGGGCGUCUUUACUGGCCAAGGUGCGCAGUAUGCUCGUAUGGGCGCUGAGCUGAUUGAAAAAUCCACGGCCGCACGCAAAAUUAUCCAGCAGUUGGAAUUGUACCUUGCUGAGCUUCCAGAGACUGACCGUCCUACCUGGAGUCUAGAAGCUGAACUGCUCGCCGACACCUCCAGUAUUCACUCGUCUAAUAUUUCACAACCAAUAUGCACAGCGAUCCAGAUUCUCAUAACAGAUCUUCUCCAAGCUGCUAACAUCUCCUUCAGCGCUGUUGUGGGACACUCUAGUGGUGAAAUUGGCGCAGCUUACGCGGCAGGGUAUAUCACAGCGCGCGAUGCUAUUUGUAUUGCAUAUUACCGUGGGAUUCAUCUUGAAUCAGCGUGCAGUCCGAGGGGCGAACAUAUUAAGGGCGUCAUGCUAGCUGCUGCCAUAUCGAUGGAGGACGCAGUCUCGUUGUGCAACGAGGACACGUUCGUUAAUCGCAUCUCUAUUGCGGCUAGCAAUUCACCCUCAAGUAUCACCAUCUCUGGAGACGAAGACGCCAUUGCAGAGCUCCAGAACAUUCUGAAAGAGCAGCAGAAAUUCAAUCGGCUACUCCGCGUUAACAGAGCCUACCAUUCCUCUCAUAUGGUUCCAUGCCUAAAGGGCUAUACCGAAUCGUUGGCAUCCUGCGGUAUCAAACCACUGCGACCUUCAACACAUAGUUGUGUAUGGUACUCUAGCGUAUAUAAUCGGCCUAUUGAUAGAGAGUCGGAACUUGAGGGGCCGUAUUGGGCCGAAAACCUGAGAAAACCCGUGCUGUUCUCUCAUGCUGUCAAAGCAGCUGUCGCGGAAUCUUCCUUUGAUAUUGUUCUAGAGAUUGGACCUCAUCCAGCUCUUCAGGGGCCCACCCGCCAAACUAUCCAAGAUGUACUGACCAAAAAUAUACCCUAUCAUGGUACCCUUACCCGAGGUGUCAGUGCUGUCGAAUCAAUGUCAGAUGUCUUAGGGUUUCUGUGGAUGCGUUUAAACCCAUCCUCUUUGGAUCUCGACAAGUUCGAGAGGUUCAUGACGCUAAAUAAGUGCUCUUUCCGCCUUUUGAAAGACCUGCCGGCGUAUCAGUGGAAUCAUGACGUGGCGUACUGUAACGAGUCACGAAUCAGUCGACGAAUGCGUACAAGAAAGCCAGUUCAUCCGCUUCUGGGGGAUAUGUGUGUCGAUACUGGAUCUCACCAGUUAAGCUGGAGGAACGUAUUACGUGAGAGUGAAAUCGAUUGGCUUCAAGACCAUCAGGUCCAAGGGCAAACUAUCUUCCCAGCAGCAGGUUAUGUUUCGACAGCACUUGAGGCUUCAAAGUUUAUAGUAGAAGAAAGAAAUAUUCAACUGGUUGAGCUAAGGAACUUCUAUAUACACCAGGCCAUUGAUUUUGACCAGAGCGAUAAUGGUGUUGAAGUUUUGAUCUCUUUGACAAAUAUCACCAGGGCUCGACCUGGCUGUGUCAGGGCCAAAUUCACGUACUCUGCGGGAUUGGGCGCAACAGCCGAUGAAUUAACUUUGGCAGCCAGUGCGGACGUUGAGAUCACUGAAGGCGAUCCCUCUCCAGACUUACUUCCAAAACGUGGAUCAGUCCCUCCUCACAUGGUCGACGUUAAACCUGAGCUCUUCUACCGGGUCAUGGACGGUCUGGGGUUACAAUUCCGCCGGCGUUUCGCAUCCCUGCACUCAAUUACUAGGAAAAAUGGCAGGUCUUCGUGCUGCGUAAGGAUGAGACCACAAGAAGAGGCUAGUUACGGCAAACCGCUGUCUGUUCAUCCUGCAGAGUUAGACUCGGCAUUUCAAUCUGUAUUUCUCGCUCGCGGCUAUCCUGGCGACGAACAACUCCCAUGCCUAUAUCUACCACAGAGCUGCAGCUUGGUAAGAGUAAAUAUGCUUGUUUGCCAGUCGAUGGCAAACAAGGACGGUUUUGCGUCUGUCGACGCCACUGUGGAAAUGCCGAAUUCAGACGCAAAGGGAUUCUCUGCAGAUAUCAACAUCUACCCUAGCGACAAGGAACAUGCAGCAAUACAGGUCCAAGGGGUGGUAUUGAAGCCCCUGAGGCAGAUAUCCGAUGAGGAUGACAGAAAAGUCUUCUACGAGACACGCUGGGUGGACAGCGGCCCAGACGGUUUGUCGGCAGCAAGCGGCAUUACUGUUGGGAAACACCACAAAGAUAUUCUCAGCACCUUGGUGCGAAUCGCAGCUUUCUAUCUAAAGGAGUUGGUUCGUGGCGUACCCCGUGACGAUCUGGCUAUGCCUCCAAACCCAAACAACUACUACCUGCAGUACGCCCGACAUGUUACUACUUUAUUAGACAAGGGAAAAAACAAAUGGGUACAGAAGGAGUGGUCGAAUGACACUUUAGACGAUAUAAUAGAAGCAGGUAAAACAUUACCCGAGAUACCCGAAGUGCCCUUGAUGCAUAUCGUGGGUCAAAAGAUAUCACGAGCUUUCAAGGGCGAAGUCAACAUGUCAGAGGAGCUUCGUAUAUGCGGUUUCCUGGAUGAGUACUAUGUCAACGGCUUUGGACUCCGCGAAUCUGCUCUAUGGAUUGGUCGAGUAGUGGGCCAAAUCACUGGUCGCUAUCCACAUAUGAAUAUCUUGGAGAUAGGGGCCGGUACUGGCGCUGCUACGAAGAGCAUCCUUCGAGCAGUCGGGCGGGACUUCCUCAGUUAUACUUCUACAGACGUCUCGGUCAGUUUCGCUGAGACUGCUAAAGCAGUAUUCUCAAAGCACCAGCACCAGGGUCGGAUGAUUUUCAAAGUGCUUGAUGCCGAGAAUGAUCCUGUUGAACAGGGUUAUACGGAGGGUGGUUAUGAUCUAAUUGUUGCCUCCUCCGUCCUCCAUGCUACCGCAGAGCUUGAAGAAACCCUGCGCAAUAUUCGCAAGCUUCUUAGGCCCGGAGGCUUCCUUGUUGUCGCGGAGGGUAGCAACGACAUCCAACCUGGAGGUAUUCCUGGUUUCAUCUUCGGAAGCUUACCUGAGUGGUGGCUUGGUGUCCCCGAAGGACGGACUUUCUCGCCCUUCAUUUCCGAUGAUGACUGGGACAAGCGACUCAAAGCCACAGGAUUCUCUGGUAUUGAUGAGACUGCCCCAGAGGAGUUCCAAAAUGUCCUAGGGAUGACGCUUUUUGUGUCUCGAGCUGUUGAUAGCCAUGUGGAUUACCUUCGAGCCCCUCGUUCCACGCUGUCUCUUGACACUUCUAUCUCAAGUCUCUUCAUUAUUGGAGGCGAAACAGAACGAACUGCUCACUUGGCUGAAGAACUGUGCCAAAUAUCCAGGUCUCUUGCAAUAGAGCCUCAUAUUUUCAAAACUCUUAGAGAUGUUGAGCAUGGUGCUAUACAUCCAAGUUCCAUCGUUGUCUGUCUAACGGACCUCGACAAGCCAGUCUUUCAAGAUAUUACACCUGAACAGUUCCUAUCUCUCAAGAAAAUUUUUGGAACUCCCAAGACCAUGCUGUGGAUUACGGCUGGUCGCCGAGGAAAGAAGCCCUUCUUCAACAUGACUGUUGGCUUUGGGCGGACGGCUAUGAACGAGACACCUGGACUUCGCCUCCAAUUCUUGGACACCGAGGCGCCCUGGACCAUUCAUGCGCAACAGAUAAUUGAUUUUAUUCUCCGUUUACACACAACCUCCCGAAAUGGCCAUAAUACUCUGUGGACCAUUGAACCAGAGAUAGUCAUUGACUCAAAAGGGCGAGAGCUACUCCCACGGCUGAGAUACAUACCAGCUCUGAACGACCGCUACAACUCAACUCGGCGUGAAAUUACACAUGAGGUAAAUACCAGUGACACCACCAUCUCUAUUCAAUGGGAGAAAACUGGAUGGACUGCGAAACAGCUACUGGAACAGCCGAGUGUAGGAGAGACUGUGCCACUGGUUGAGAUUAACACUACACAUGCUAUUAUAUCAGCUAUCAAGACUCCUUCGGGUUAUAAAUUCCUCACUCUGGGUUUUGAGGUCGUAUCCAAAGCUAAGUAUUUAGCUCUUGUUCCCUCGCUAGCGUCGACCCUCCGAAUACCUUCGAGUUCCGUCAUUCGUUGUCCAGAUACGCAACGCAGCGACAGCUCUCUCCUAGUGCUUGUGGCUUCACAUUUAGUCGCCUCAGCCGUUUUGGAUCCUCUGUGGGAUAAUCACGCGGUGGUCGUACACAAUCCGUCUAUCGUGGUGGCCGAGGCUAUUGCUAUGAAAGCAUCCGAGGAGAAUAUCAGUGUAGUUUUCAUGACAGACUCUAGCGAACAAGGUACACCUAGCUCUUGGAUUACGCUCUGUCCCUACAUCAGCCGUUCCGCGCUAAAAAAGGUUCUGCCAUCCACAAUUUCAUGCUUUGUGGGACUGACAAACCGCGACGGCAAGGGAUCAGACAACCAAUCGACUAUCAUAUCUUGUCUCUCUCCCCAUUGCCGCAACGAGACUCAAGAUACGAUAUUCUCUUUCCACGGUUCUGAAGGGUUUGCCAACUCUCCUGUUUUGGGCAGGGCACUCCAGCAGGCUCUUGAUAGUAUUACGAGGCAUGAAGAUCAGAAAUCAGACACCCUGGCAGCAAAAGUGGUUUCUAUUACCGACUUGAUUAGAAAAGCAUAUCAUAUUGAUCCAAUGACAGUGGUAGACUGGACAAUCCCUGCUAUGGUACCUGUGCCAGUCACAAGAUUAGACGUCAAUUCCUUUUUCAAGGCAGACAAGACUUACUGGAUUGUCGGAUUGUCUGGAAAUCUCGGUACAUCCCUGUGCGACUGGAUGAUUAGUAAAGGGGCGAAGACAAUUGCUCUAACAUCCAGGAACCCUCAAAUAAAGUCCGACUGGAUCUCGGCUCAUUCUUGCAAUGGAGUUACGAUAGCUAUUUUGCCAGGAGAUGUUACAGAUGAAGCCAGCUUAAAAGCAGUGAAAGAAAAGAUCACAGUAACCCUCCCACCAAUUGCAGGGGUGAUGAAUGGCGCUGCUAUGUUGAAGGACGUGUCCAUCAAGAAUAUGUCUUUCAAGCAGUUGGAUGAUGUUAUCGGACCCAAGGUAUAUGGUAGUAUGUAUCUGGAUCGACUGUUCAAGUACGAGAACCUCGACUUCUUCCUUCUCUUCUCUUCAGUCAGCUGGGUCUAUGGUAACUUGGGCCAAGCAAAUUACGCAGCCGCAAAUGCGUACGUUUGCACUCUUGCCGCACAGCGCCGGCAGCGUGGUUUAGCCGCUACAGCUAUAGAUAUCGGUCCCAUCUUCGGUGUGGGUUACAUGGAAAGAGCACACAGCAAGGCUUUAGAUCUCACGGUUUCUAAGAUGUCCCUGAUGCACCUGUCCGAGGUUGACUUCCACCAAAUCAUAGCAGAAUCGAUCAUAUAUGGCCGACCAGGCGCUCUUGGUGGGCCGGAACUAUCGACGGGGCUUGUUCCUGUGGCAGCUGACUCGCCCGAUGCCCCAAUCUGGUGCUCGAACCCAAGAUUUGCGGCUUUCAUAACUCAUAGAACCGAAGAUGGCAGAAGUAACGGCGUAGCGGCCGCGAGCCCAUCUAUAAGCGGCCUACUAGAACAGUGUAAAACGGAAGAUGAUGUUGAAGGGGUGGUCAAAAGUACACUCGCAGCCCAACUUCGCAGAGUCUUGGAACUGACAACCGCUGAUGAGGAUCUUAUGUCGAUGCGCACUAAGGAGAUUGGCGUAGAUUCCCUCAUUUCCGCCGACCUGCGCGCCUGGAUCCUCAAGUGGUUUGAGGUUAGCGUGCCUGUCCUUAAAAUCAUAGGCAAUGAUACGGUGGCGAGCUUGGCUGAACAUGUUUCAGAAAGUAUACCGGCAGCUCUGGUACCACAUGCUAGAAAGGCCGGUUAA